CAAAUCGAGGGAGACAGAGUUCCGGUCUAAAUUUCUUUUUUAUUUUCUUGCAACAAAUUCAAUUCUUCUGCAAUCUAGAGCACAAUAAAAACUCUACACUAUGUCUGAUGCUGAAGUUGUAAAAGAUGUUCCAGUGGAGAUUGAAUUAAUCAGAGGAGCAAGUGGAUUAGGCUUCAACAUUAGAGGAGGUAUUGAUAUACCACAAACUCCAGGAGAGAAUGGAAUCUAUGUGACAAAGAUUCGUUCUGAUGGUUCCGCUGCUGCAGAUGGACGAUUGCAGAAUGGUGACAAAAUCAUAAAAAUAAAUGGACAAGAUAUAACAGGAUUUGCACAUAGUGAAGCAGUGAAUAUGUUCAGGAAAUCAGGAAACCCAAUAGUUCUCACUGUUUACCAAGGUUCAGAAGCCAGACCACUGACUGAAGAGGAUUCAGUGGAUGGAGGAAAAACUGCGAAGAGUGCGCAAGGAGGCUUGUCUUUAGUGAAAUAUGGAUCCUUAUUGGGACUUUUAUUCUUAACUGGAACUCUAGCAUAUUUUGCAGUAAAAAAAUAUCGCUUACAAGUAGAUUAACUGUGUAUUUUAGGAAUAUAGAAAAUCACUAUGUUUACAGUAUGAUCGCUAUUUACAAUGCAAUAUCAAGUUUCAAAUUAACACAUAUUUUAUUGAUUAUGUAAGAAAUUAUAAAUAUGAUCAUCAGUAAAAGAUAAGGAAAUUAGACAAAUAAGCCAUGAAACAAAUCGUCUGAAAAGAAAAAAAGUUUUGUGCCAUUGUUAUAAGAGGUUACUUGAUACUCAGUCUUGUGAUUUUUACUGUGUAAUAAUCCUCAUGCCAUGCAGUGUAGUAUAAGCUCGUGGCUCAAAGUAUUUGAAAAUCAUGCACUUAGGUAUGAGCCCACUCCUGUAGCCAGGGGAGAUUCAUGUUAAACCCCCCCCCCCUCCUGGCCAAAUAGUCUUUAAAAAUCAUGCAUUUUUCACCUUUAGAGCACUUGUCAAGUGAUUUGGGGUCAAAAUUGUCAAAUUUGAACCCCACUCCUGUAACUUUUUUAAAAAAAUGACCCCCCCCCCCCUUGGUAGAAGCUGGCUACAGGCCU